AUGGCUUCCCUAAAUCCUGAUGAUACUAUUAUUAUUAACCAGCAGAACUCCUCCUCUGGUACUUUUUCCCUGGUUUCACACUCUUCGGCGGAGGACCACGACUUUGAUCAGCGCCGCCGCCGCAGCAGCAUCAGCAGCGAGGAGGAAGCCGGCGAGUACGGAGAUCAUUUCGUCGACGGUUUUUACAGCCUGAGCGCUGACGUCAGCGAAUCCGAGGGGACGAGUUGUUGCUCCUCUUCUAAUUCCUCCGGCUCUCGUCGUCAACCAUCGUCCUCGGAUGAAUUACUUCUGGAUUUCCAUUGUGGUGAGACUCUGGCGGACGACGCGAGGCCUACUCUGAUGCUACCGGUCGUUGGUGACAGACACGUUGUCAUUCCGGUUGAUAAGAAGCCGGUGGCGAAGAACCCGCCGGAAAUAACCACCGAAGUUGAACUGAUGAAACAGCGUUUUGCAAAGCUAUUGCUGGGAGAAGACAUGUCGGGUGGAGGGAAUGGAGUAUGUACAGCUCUAGCAAUAUCCAAUGCCAUUACAAAUCUAGCUGCCACUGUUUUUGGGGAGCUCUGGAAAUUGGAGCCCUUACCGCUCUCGAAAAAAUCAACGUGGGCUCGUGAGAUGGAAUGGCUUCUCUGCGUGUGUGAUUUUGUUGUGGAGCUUGUUCCAUCAGUGCAAGAAAUCCCUGGAAAUGCUGGUAAGACUGUGGAAGUUAUGGUCCCUAAAUCACGUCCGGAUUUGUCGCUGAAUCUCCCGGUGCUGAAAAGAUUAGACGCAAUGCUGAUCAGCAUCUUGGAUGGAUUUGGUGAUAGAGAAUUUUAUUAUGUUGAUAGAGAGGUUGCCGUUAAGGAUGGAGAAUAUAUCGCAGCGAGGAUACAGUCUCGCUAUCCGCCUGAUCAUCAAAGAAGGUCUUCAACAAUUAGGCUAGAAAAGAAGUGGUGGUUGCCAUUUCCAAGAGUACCCAAGAAUGGUUUGUCACGAAAAGGAAGGAAGCAUUUGGAACAGUGCUGGAAGUGCACAAAUCAUGUCUACGGAGCUGCUUUGGCAAUCAACAAUGCUGUGUUAUCAGAGAUGGAAGUGCCACAAGUUUAUCUGGAUAACUUGCCUAAGAGAGUGAAGGCUUGUUUAGGAGAGACGCUUAAUCGUCAUGUAACAGCUAGCCAGCUCCCUACCGAAGAUCUUGUUGAUAAUUUAGACACAUCAUCAGAACAUUCAACUUUGGAAAUUGCCAAUAAACUUGAGGCUGCCAUACAGUGUUGGAGGCAGAAGUACCACAACAAAGAGGAGUACUUCAGCAACAAAAGAACUGGAAGAUCGCUUUGGAGUGGAUCACUUAAGGGCAUUGAUGAGGGUGAGAAGUCCAGAGUCUUAGCCCGGCGAGCUGAAACACUGUUGAGGAACUUGAAGUUUCAAUUCCCUGGCCUCCCACAAACCACAUUAGACAAGACUAAGAUACAGUUUAACAAGGAUGUGGGACAAGCAAUCCUAGAGGGCUAUUCAAGGGUGAUAGAGAGCUUAGCUAGUAACAUGAUGGGCAGGAUCGAAGAUCUUCUGUACAUAGAUGAUGCUACAAAACUACGAGCUGCAGAAGAAGAAUCAAUGUCUGCUAACCUCCAAAUCGGGCGCCACAAAGAGUUGACAAGUGCUUUUAACUUUCAGGAUCAUCGUCGUGUUCCAGUCUCAGUGCUCCGGGGUAAUUCUUUUGCCGAUUCAUUAAAGAAACCUGCGACAUCCUGCCCUCCUAUGCUUCGGGCACUUUAA